AGCAGCAUCCAGUCAAAACUUUGGAAUCGUAGCGAUUCUACAAUUCAUUCUGCUUUAAUUUUAUAUAUUUAAAUUAAAUUUUAAAAUUUGUUUAUACUAUUUUGUAUUGGGGCUUGAAGUGUACUAGUGCAAGUGCUGUGAGUUGUCAUCGUAGCUGUGCUUUGGCGGUUUAUUGUGAUUAAUUCUGCUGCUGACUGAAAGGAAAUCUUCAAAAUGAAAUUAUUUAUCUGUUUAGCCGCUUUGCUUGUGGCAAGCGUCUAUGCGGGCGACACCACCGCCAAGAAGGCCACCGUUGAAGCUGCAGCCAGCUCAGCUUCGGGCAAGAAGGUGCCGCUUGAGAAGAAACUCGACAAGCGCGGUCUAUUGGAUCUCGGCUAUGGCUAUGGCCACUCCGGACUCGAUGUUGGCUACAUAGGUCAUGGUGGUAUUGAACAUGGUAGUGGUUAUGGACUUAUAAGUGGUCACUCAGGACCCGCCAUCUCGUACGGACAUACUGGCUAUGCGUCGGCGGGUGUUGCGCGUGCUCCCUUCCUUAUCAGCCAAUCGGCCGAUGUACACAAGACCAUCACCGUUACCAAAGGUAUACCUGUGCCAGUGACCGUCGAUCGUCCAUACCCAGUAGUACAUGAAAAACGUGUGCCCGUUGAGGUGAAAGUACCUGUGCCACAACCCUACGAAGUGAUACGCAAGGUUCCCGUGACGGUGAAGGAAUACGUUAAGGUGCCGAUACAUGUGCCACAACCCUACACCGUUGAGAAGCGCGUCGAAGUUAAAGUGCCCGUGCCCGUCGAUCGUCCCUACCCAGUGAAGGUGCCCGUACCACAGCCUUACGAAGUAAUCAAGCAUGUGCAAGUACCAGUCAAAGUGCCCGUACCACAACCUUACGAGGUUAUAAAACAUGUGCAAGUACCCGUUAAGGUGGAAGUCCUAGUACCACAGCCCUACGAAGUCAUCAAACAAGUGCAAGUACCCGUACAUGUGCCAGUCGAUCGCCCAGUGCCAGUUGCCGUACCCAAACCAUACCCCGUACCUGUAGAGAAACCAUACCCAGUUGUGGUGGAGAAGCAGGUCAAGGUUGAGGUGCCAGUGCGCGUCGACAGACCAUACCCAGUGCCCGUCGAUCGCCCUUAUACCGUCAAGGUGCCCGUAUCAGUGCCCCAGCCCUACACCGUUGAGAAGCACGUACCUUAUACUGUAGAUCGUCCAGUGCCAGUGCCCGUCAAGGUAGCUAUCGAUCGUCCCUAUCCAGUUCAUGUGACACGUCCCGUACCUGUGCAUGUCGAGAGACCAGUAGCUGUGCCCGUACCCGUGCCAGUGGUAGCUGGACAUUCGGUGGUCGAACAUGGACCCGCCAUUGCUAUCGGCGGUGGUGGCUAUGGACAUGAUGGCGGCUAUGGAGGACACGGUUUCUCAUCCAGCGGCUACGGAUUCUCGUCCGUCGGACACGGUUAUGCACAUAAAAAGAAGUAAGGCUCUGGCGAGGGGUACAGAAAGCGGCUACUUCUACGAUUACUGUGUAUAUGAUUUCAGCAAUGAAGGCGCAAUUAAUUGAAUGAAUUUUAGUUUUAAUUAUGAAAUUACGAGGAGGAAGUUGCAGUAGGGCGACUUCGAAAAAUUUAGUGAGAAAGAAGAAAGACGACCACGAGAAAUUGAGUAGAAAUUAAAAUAAUGAUUUGCCGGAAAUAAAUGAACUGGACUUGAAGAAAUGUUAAUGAUGAAGGCAAAAGUAGAUGAUAAUGCAUAUAAAAAUACACAAAUGUGAAGCCAUUUUCACUGUGGCAGAGAAGUGAAGGACGAACUACGGAAACCACCAUCGAUUUAAACUACUCUCAAACCCUUUUCUGGACAGAGGAGAAUAAAAUUCCUCCCAAUAAUAAGAUCCGAGCCAUUCCAGCAACUGAAAUAACUUAAUUUGUGGCCCUAAAGAAUCGAAAAGAAGAUCUGGUUUCACGAUAUCAAGACAAAAAUUUUGUUAAUGUUGUCUAAAAAUCCUUCGAAUUCGUUUUUCUGUCACUGAAAAUCGCACAUUUCUAGCUAUGUAUGUAAACCCUGCCACUUAGUUUUAAGUAUUUACAAAUUUUGUAAAUUAUUUAAAAAAAAAAACGAAGAGAACUUCUUGUCUAGGACAACACACAACUAGCUG